AGGGGGCGGUAAAGCACCUGAAAGCUGUGUUUGACCCGCCAAGAACAUUAACAACAAAAGAAGAAGCAGGAGAGGACGGAGAAGAAGGAGGGGAAGAGAAGAUUGUUUGUUGACUUCUGAAAACGUGCAUUUGAGAAGCCAAGAGAACGGACUCGAGCAGACAGCAGGGGAGAAAAUGGAACCAUAUGACCUAGACUUGUUCCCUGACACAUCACCCAAGAACUCCCUGCAGUGCAACAAGUGUCACAUAAUCUUCUACGAUCACAAGAAACACACGCGUCAUAUGAAGAGGAACCACCCAGAAGAAUAUGAACAGUUUUUAUUGAGGACUUCCUUUUUUGUGUGCUAUGUUUGUAGCCACCAUUUCUCAAGCUCCGUAGAGCUCAUAGCUCACCAGAAGACUCACACGGACAAGAAACCUUACAAGUGUGUGAUCUGCGACAUUGCCUUUGUAAGAUUAUCACAGCUCACCAAUCAUAAGAAAAUUCAUUUCAGCAUGGAUGGUUAUCCAUGCUUGGACUGUGGCACAAUGUUCAAAACUUUGUGUAUGUUGACUACUCACCGCCGCAAACACACUGGAGAGAUGCCGUUUAUUUGCAAGCCGUGUGGAAAGAGAUUUGCAAUGACCAAACAUCUGGAGGAACAUUCACGUUGUUGUUCUAAAGGAGGUGGAGGAAAAAGCUCAGCUAAAGCAAACCAGAAGGUAGUAAAGAAGAAAUAUUAUGGUGUUAAGAAAAUCUAUCCUUGUUCUCUGUGCAACUUGACUUACAAGAGUUCUUACACCAUGCUGAAGCACAUACAAAUCAGGCACGCUUCGCUGCUUUCUGCAGCUAGUAAAGCUCCUCCAGGUGGACAUCCAAUGGCCCUACCUGUCACCCAAGAUACACUUAGGCGGCUUCUGACCAAAGGACCUGUGAACAAAAUUGACGCCCAAAUGGACCCAAAGCAGAUUUCCGCACUCAUUGACUUUUUGGCAUGUAUGCAGAAAGGAAACUGUGUUGUCAAACAGGAACAGGUGACACCCCAUGCUCCACCACUGGAAGUUCAGGAGAUAUCACAAGAAACAGAAAGUGUGAAUUUGAGUCUCAGUCCACCACAACAGGAUUUAUAUGGAGAACCAUCUGAUAAUGAACCAACGUCAGAAAACCAACCACAGAGUGAGAGGGAUAACUGGUCUUUUGGUAGAGGCACAGUUCACCUAAAUGAAUCUAAAGGAUCCUGCAGUACUGCUGACGUUAUAGGCACUGGCAGACUCACUGGAAAAGCUACAGAUGAAACAACUGAGAAAACUCUCACUUUGCAGACUGUUUCAUGUUCCAUUUAUCAAGAGGCUUCUGUUAACAUGGAUGUGAAGAAGGUAAUAAUUAAACGAGAAAUAAAGCAUGAAGAGGAGAGUGACCAUUCUGGUGUGGUCAUUCUUGAAGAGGUCCUUAGCUCUGCACCACAAUUGACUGCUGAUGAGGAGGUGUACCUGAAGACGGAAAUGAGCGGUACAAAAAAGGUUUUCAAACCUAUUGCUGUGAAUGGAGUGCAGGACAUAAAAAUCGAACAGGUCAUAUCACUGGCUGAACCAAUGUGGGAGGACAGACAGAGGACAAGUGAGCAACCACAGCACCACAGUGAUGCACACGGGGCAGCCCAGUAUGUACCAAUUGAGAACUGGUGUUUACCGACUGGGAGGUCUUGGAAGACUCACCUGCAUCAGCAUCCUCAGGAAGAGGGUGAGAAUGAAGCGAAGAAAAGCAAGGAUGAAGACAGAUGGUGAUGAACCAUGAGAAGUUAAGUGCCAACAAUCCCUUCAGGACACCAGGGGUUGGAUGGCAGAGUUUUUAUUUUAAAAGUUAUAUUUUGGAACAUUUUGCCUUUCAUUCAUAAGACUGCGGAAGAGAGAUCAUAAACAUAGGGAGCAGAGAGUGGGGUAUGGCAUGCAGCAAACAGUCGGGGCUUUGUAUGGGGAGCAUGCUUAAACCACUUGGCCAACAGUGCCCCUAGUUGGCAGAGUUUUGAUAAAAAAUUAAUGUCAUUUUUGUUUUGUCUGUGGUAAAGUUUAAAAUUACCAGAGUUCAUUUAUGAAAUACAAGCAGCCGCACAACAAAUCUGCUCCUUCAAGUAAAUGUGUCCCAGAGUGUCUAGAUAUAAGUGCCCAGACUGUGGGAUGGUCUUUAUCAGGAAAGCACGGCUACUUGACUUUGACUAGUCCAGGUCAUGUUGACUAGUGAACUUAGAAUAAAAUAAAAUAAAAUCCUUUAUUGUCAUUGCAUGUUUGCAUACAGCAACAUUUUGUGUGUCUUAUAAAAGAAGACUGUUCCGUUCAUCCGCCUAACACAUUCAGAUACACGCAUUUUAAAAAUAGUAAAACAAAGUAAUUAAUUGAAAGGGAUCAAGGUCAUAUGCAGUGAUUGCACAUCAGUCAGUCUGUGGUGAUGCCAUUAAAAUUGACAUGGUAGUGGUGUGGAAGGGAGGGGGAUUGGGGGUGAGAGUUCACUUCAUUUAUUACUGUAGGGUAAAAACUGUUCUUAAGUCUUGAGGUGUUGCAUGUAAGGGUCCUCUACCAGAGGGUAGAUGGUGAAGGGGAUGAGUGUUAUCAUUAACAAUCCUACAGGCUCUGCUAUGGUAGCGAGACCUGUAUAUGAAUUCCAUACCAGGUUGUGACACAGUAUGUCAGGAUGCUCUCCACUGUGCAGUGGUAAAACGACUCCAGUAGAGUUGCAGUGAGGUUGGCCCUCCUCAUCGUCCUGAGGAAGUAUAAUCUUUGUUGGGUCUUUUUUACUAGAGCUGUGGAGUUUACAGUCCACUUGAAGUCCUGGCUGAUGGUCGGUCCCUAUGAAUCUAAUCCUGCAGACCCUCUCCACCUCCUCUUCACCAGAGUCACUGAGGAAAGGGAUGCAAACAUGAGUGAGCUGCCAGGGAAGUGAGAUUGUAUGGGGGAAAGCAGAAGGGAAAAGUCGUGUGAAGAUGCUGAGUUAGGGGACAGUGUGCAACAUGGAAAUAUUAACAGUAGGGAGCCAGAGCUUCACUUCAAGAUCUGAAAACCACUGCUCCUUGCUGCACUGAAAAGAAAACCACUUAAAACAUCAACAUAACUAGAGAGACACAAGACACAGUCAUGUAUGAAGAUCACAAGUAUUGUGAAUGGGAGUGUUGUGUUUGUGAUAUGGGUUUUGAUGAAGUUGCAGAGCUGCAUAUGCAUUAUAUAAAGCAUGCUGCUGGGGAGCUGCCGAUUCCACAUGAUGAUCUAUUGGUCUGAAAGCUUCCAAUCUGAUGUCCAGGGCUAAGCAACGUAGUUCAAGUAAUUAACUUAGUUUUUAAUGUUUGUAUCAUGUGUAGUGUGCUUAGAAUUUUGAACCUCUGUCCUGUAACACACAUUAAAGACAAACCUCCUUGAGCAAUUGAUUAUUAUUAGUAUGUACAACAGAGGAAACCUUGAAAGCCUGAUGCAAUGAGAUUUUACAAGAUUUUUUUUAACUGAGACGAAACGGUCAUAUGCUAGUGACAUAAACUGAAUGUAUAACUGAAAUAAAUCUACCUCCUUAUUCUGGAACGUAAUAAAGUGUUUACACCCUUA